UCAACUGUUCCACGGCCAGGACGAAAACCACACUACUCCUCCAGAAUCUGAGAUUCGACUUCCCGACGGACCCUCCUCUCCAGCACCCAUGAAUAGACCUUAUCAGGGAGGCUGCGGUGUGUGAUCCCCCUGUUGUUGGAACACACCCUCCGGUCCCCCUUCUUAAAAAGGGGGACCACCUCCCCAGUCUGCCAAUCCAGAGGCACUGUCCCCGAUGUCCACGCGAUGUUGCAGAGGCGUGUCAACCAGGACAGCCCCACAACAUCCAGAGCCUUUAGGAACUCCGGGUGAAUCUCAUCCACCCCCGGGGCCUUGCCACCGAGGAGCUUUUUAACCAGAGGCCUUUACUCUUACUCAAGUAAAUAUUUGGAUGACUACUUUUUACUUUUACUUGAGUCAUAUUAUAAGUAUCAUAGUCAUAUAUAAGUAUCAGUAUUCUUACUUGAGUACAAUAUUUGGCUACUCUAUCCACCUCUGCUAAUAACAAUGAAAUGCAGAGGCAAUUGUGUAUACAUAAUUGAUGGAGUAAUUGUACUGUACAUUCAGUGCUACCGCCCCUUAAAAGUAAAAAAUUAAAAAAAAUUUAAAUACGAGCCAUCGCUCAGACGAUUUUUUGUCUUGGGUUGUGAGCAAAAAUUUUAGUUAUAAGCGCUAGAUGGUGGCAGCAAACUUUAAAACAAGUGCUUGCUUCAAGCUGUUUAUUGCCACUCCCAGUUGAGGUUUACUGUCACACUUAACAUAAAACAAAGACAACUACAUGUUGUGUAUUUAACCAAACUACAUAACUUUGCCUUACAAAAUUCCGCGAGCUUGAUGUUAACACACAAUUCAAAACGCCAUGGAUAGGCUAACAAAAGUAGCAUGGCUGUUGCGGUAGUUCUAACCCUCUAAACAACUUACAUUUGAAGACAUACGAUAGCAACAAGCAGACAUACAAAGAAACUCACAGGCAUACAUAAUUCAUCCUCUGUAAAAAAAAACGACGAAUAUUACUGCAGCUUAUUCAUGACAUUCGUCUUCUGUGUUUCGCCGUCAAAACUAUCUUUGUGUUAUGCCACCCCCUGCUGGCCAAAGAGUGCACAUUAGAAUUCAAUGGGCCUCCAUUGAAUUAAAGCAUGAAAUAAUGAUGUGCACUCUUUUUAAUUUAUUGCAUUCUAUACAGUUAUGUUAUUACUGUAUGUUUUAAUUUAAGUACAAUAUUGUGCUAUAAUCUUCAAUAUUAGUACAUAUUACCUACCAUGAGAUAAAACAAUAGACCAUACCUAAAUUACAAAAAAAGUGUUUACAAAGGUUUACAUUGCUGGAAUUGCCUCAUAUUGAUAAGCCUUCCACAUUGAGCUACAUCAUGAUUUGAGUUCCAAGAAGGCACAGAACUCCCGUUAGUGCUGAUAGGAUUAUGAGUCAAUGGGAGAAACAAUCCUAUAGGGGGUGCAGUCAUUCAUCCUUUUGUUGAGUGAAGUGGAUACACUCUGCCUGGUAAGAUUUGGGUCAUGGGAAUCAGCUGUCUAGCUUUCACUGAAACGGAUCCUAUUUAUUUAGCAACUGGUUUGAGUACCAAGUCAGAACCUUUGGGGCUCCAGCGUUUUAAUGCGUGAUUUCACUUCCAGGUGAAUGUGAUGCGACCUGAGCAGCACUGCGGCAGAGCAAAAAUGUUUGUUCUUGCUAUGCUUGUGUAUUUUCUCAGAGCAAAGUCACAUACAUAUGUUUGAUUAAUUGGACGUAUGUGUAUAGAGUUGUAUCGGAUCAGAAUCAGAAUCAUCUUUGUUGGCCAAGGAGUUUGUCUCCAGUAGUUAGAACCACUCCAGUACUACAGCAAAAAAGCCAUGAUCACAAAAUAUACAUUUAAACUAUGAAAAAGGAUGGAUGUUGAUUGUUAAAACUUGACCACGUUUGAAAUUCUUCAUACAAGUGUAACUUGACUUAUGAGUGACCUGAUUUAAGAGUUUUUCGUGAUACGAGCUGUCGCGCUGAUGUUUUUUUUGCUUUAACUUUGGCAAAAAUUUGAGAUACCAACGCUAGAUGUUGGGAGUGAACUUGACUCACUUCACAACAAGCAGCAGUCUGGCAGAUAGUGAACAAUUCUUCAGAAGAGGCUUCAAGCUGUUUACUGCUACUCCCAGUUCAAACUACCGGUAAACAUAAAGAAACUUACACUGUGUAUUUAAAACAACCAGAUAGCUUUGCCUUGGGAAAGUCCUCUUAAUUUAAUGUUAACAAUUAAUGAAAAAUGGAUAGCGUCUUUUAGGCAGUGUUAUUGCUCUAUAAACAACAGAUUUGCAGCAACACAUGUAGACAGAGAGUAUAACAAUACUCCCAGGCAUAGUCUUUAUUCUCUGUGAUAAAGGCAACUGUUACUGCAGCUCACUGAGCAGGUGUGAGCAUAUUCUUUGUGCAUAUUUGUAUGUCUGUAUUAUACUUGGCCCAUUGCCCAUAGCACGUCUACCAGGAGAAGCACAAUGAAUUAAUGAUGAUGCACAAACUGUUUAAUUCUUUACAUUCUAUUUCAUUAUGUUAUAAUUAUAUAAUUUCAGAAAGUACAAUCCUCUAGAAUUCGUAAUAAAAAACAUGUUUUUGUUGGCGUUUUAUUGAGGACUGGAACGGAUUGAUGGCAUUUCCAUUUAUUUCCAAGGGGAUGUGUGACUCGAGUAUUUUGAGUUACGAGCAUCGUUACAGACCAAAUUAAACUUUUAAAGGUCCCGUAUUUUGGCUAUUUAGACAUCCAUAGAGUGAGUCUCUAACAUGGACUUGUUAUAAAAGUGUCAAUUUAAUUAAAAAAAAACACCUUGGUUUUGUCAUAUGAGUGUCCAGAAAAGGCCCCUCUGACAGCUACUUCUGUUUGAUCCAAUUUUUUAUCCGUUUUGUCCAUAUUUGGCUAAGAAAAAUAAAUCGAAAGGUGAAUGAACUAUGUGUGAAAUAGUUAAUUCAUUCUAAUUUUUCACUUGUAUUUUUUUUAAUCCAGCUUUCCAUUUUCUAUAGCACUUGUCCUCAUUAGGGUUGCGGGUAUGUAUUACUGAUAAUCUAAUUAUAAUUAAUUAAACCAUUUUUAUUUAUUUUAUUUUGCUCUUUUUUACAAUAAUAAUAUAUUAUUAAUAAUAAUACAGGGCGGCACAGUGGAUGACUGGUUAGAGCGUUUGCCUCUCAGUUCUGAGGACCGGGGUUCAAUCCCCGGCCCCGCCUGUGUGGAGUUUGCAUGUUCUCCCCGUCCCUGCGUGGGCUUUCUCCAGGUACUCCGGUUUCCUCCCACAUCCCAAAAACAUGCAUGGUAGGUUAAUUGAUGACUCGAAAUUGCCCGUAGGUGUGAAUGUGAGUCCGAAUGGUUGUUUGUUUGUAUCUGCCCUGUGAUUGGCUGGCAACCAGUUCAGGGUGUACCCUGCCUCCUGCCCGAUGAUAGCUGGGAUGGGCUCCUGCACGCCCGCGACCAUAGUGAGGAGUGGCUCAGAAAAUGGAUGGAUGGAUAAUAAUAAUACAAUAUUUACAAUUUUAACAAUACAAUAUUUACAAUUUACAAUAAUCUCAUUAAUCAAUUGUUUGAAUAAAAGGGAAAAAAACAAAUUGAAUACAUACAAUUAAAAAAUUUCAGUCUACUCAAAGUUGAUUAAUCAAUGACAUCAUUGAUAGAAUAGGGCAUGAACAACUAACGAUUUUUUUUAGUCGACUAUACAGGUAACGUUCUAAUUCUAGCCGAACUCAAUUAAUUGAUGACAUUAUUUUUUCGGCAUGUUGCAGCAGUCCCCAACCUUUUUUCACACUGUCAGUGUCAUAAAGGGAUACAAACGAAGUGAUGUUGGUCCUUGUUAUAUGGUGAAUAAAAUUCUCAGUAGCACACAGUUGUCUGUGCAUUCUUGGACAUAACAUUUUGGCGACAGAGAGUUUCCAAAUUCUUGGUCACUUCACGCCACCAACCGCUUUCCUCACCGCAGAUCCCAUCGUCCUGCUGAUACGUCCAGACGUACAAAGACGUUGCCUUGUUGAACGAACAUGUCGCUGCUCCACAGAGCGUUGUAUUCCGGUGAUGGCAGCAGACAGGUGAGUGCCAAGUAACUUCUAUAAAUUAGCGAAUUGGAAGAGAAGAUGCCAAAAAUGUGAUUAUUGAUCAGUCGACUUCAAGCGUUAAACGUUGAUGCGGAUAAGGAAAGUUGACUAAUCAAUUCAAUCACUAGCAUAGGAUCGUAUGGUCAUGGCACCUCAGCAUAUGAAUUCUUUUAAAAACAUUUUGGUUUAAUAUUGAUUUUGUAUUUACUUAUUUUAUUUUUUUAUUUUUAUUUUUUAAAAUCGUUCACUGGUGCAUGCCCACUCAAUUUUGUGGUAAAGAAAGAUGAGGACCCAAGCGCACGGAAACAGGGAGGCAGGGCUGGAUAAAUCGCGACAAAAAUAUUUAUUUUCAGAAACAAAAAAGCCAAACAAAAGGUACAUGGAAAAUUCUAAAUAAUUUCUCUUAAAAAAAAGAAAAGAAAAAAAAAUCUAGAUUAAAAGUAACAAAGAAACACAGGGAAACAAAAUACCACAACAGGAAAAAUGGCAAAACUAGAAACAUGACUUGCUGAAACAACAAUGAUCCAAAACAGACUGAACAAUCCCAGGGAGCUAAAUACAAACAAACUGCCGAGACGAGGCACACCUGGACAAGACACACGAUCAAACAUCUAGUAGCGAGUGGCCAAAAUAGCACCAGGCUCCUCUGGGUUGUCGUCGUCGUCUCAGCUCAGUUUCUCUGCUCACUCGUUGACGUUUGCUGACAUAUGACUUAGACCUGUUAUCCAUUAAUUCCUAAUAGAGCUCCAAUGAGAAUUCAUGGCUCAGCAGAGAUUAUCUCAUCGUGGUAACUAGUAGGACCUCUUACAGUGACUUAUGAGUGUGCAGAAUAACCCUCUGACCUGUUGGAAAAGUUAGAAGCCGUGCCCGUUUCAUCCACUCAGGGAACUUAAAUCCUUACAAGACUCUAUGAUCCAUUUACAACAUGACGUUUGACAAAUUUGAUAUGUAUGGUAGUCUCUUUUACUGGCAGUAUGCCCUUUCGUCUUCUUCAAAUACUGCUUCACCACUGAAGGAUACUGGCAGAAUUUUGUCACGGACCAAAACUUGCCAAUUAAGCAUGGCUAAUUCAGUCGUCAUAUAAAAAUACAAUUUAAUUACCCGCUCAGGCAUAUUGUAAGUGAAAAAGUCUGCAUUUGAAGCUGUGGCAGCAAGCCUGUGAUCUUGUAUCGUGCACUGACAGUUUAAGACCAUUUCAGAAUGGAUUAGCUAAUAUUAUUUGAGGUUUAUGAUAUUGAAUUAAUCUACAUUAGUGUCAAUGCCAGUACCAAAGAUAGCGCAUAUGACCUCAUACUGGAAAAUUAAAACCACUGUUGCAGCUCAAGUAAAAUUCCCUGAUACUGUGCACUACAGUGGACACAUUCAAACAUGUUAAAUGGGAGUCAGCGCAAAGCUGCCACCAUUUAAAGUUCAGAUGUUCUAGUAGGCUUUUCCUGACAGUAUGGUUGCUUUCAAGCAGAAGUCUGAAGGUUUUGUGCUAAGACUGACUGCUUUUUCAAACUGUUCAUAAUUGCUUCCACCUUGUCUAAGGCCCCAGUUCCAGCUGAAGAAAACAGCCCUAACGCAUGAUGUUGCCAACACCAGGCUUCACUGUAGGUAUUGUGUGUUUUUGGCAAAGAGCAGUGUUGUGCUUGGGUUAGGGUUAGUGUUUAGGGUUAGGGCUAACCCUAAGUACCUUUUGGAGUUAUGGCCAAAACGUUCAAUCUUCAAAAUUUUGUCACAUGCACUCGGGAGAUUUUGUUAUUGUCAAUACAACACCUGUAUCGAAGCAGGAGUUCAGACCAUUCAGAGAGAUUCCCUCACCCCUUUGAAACAAUAUAUAAAGCCAAAAUGUCUUGUUACAUUUUUGUCCAUUGUCAAUCAAGGAAAUUUUGUGAACUGCAAUGCAAUAAAAAAAUUGAAAAAGUUAGUGCACAGUCAACGAUCCCUGCUAGUGACUGCUGUACAUCAUGAACAAAUAUAGAGGGCCACAAAGCUUCUUAGGACAGAGCCCGCUUACGAUUCCCUUUCUGUGCACAGCAUCCUUGAAUAGACCACACAAAGAUACCUAAGCCAAAAUCCCUCCCUGGUAUUUAAUUCUAAAUGAGUGAUUACUGGGUGUGUCAGUGUGUCUUGGGUUUGCAGGUAGUUUGGGUGAAGGAGCUCAUUCGUUCACUGGCUUUUAAGAGUCCUGCAACCUGAGACCCGUACACCCUCAGACACACUGCACCCGUUGCAAGAGGUUUUUCCUGGGUAGUUGCUGAAGAACCCAGUUGCGUAAGGGGGGGCCGACCACAUACAGCCGCCAAGAUGUGUGACAUGGGGGGUCUGGAUAACCUGGUGGCCAACACGGCCUACCUCAAAGCCCAGGGUGGUGAUGACAAGGAGAUGAAAAAGCGCCGUCGCAGCUUGUCUCUGCCCAAGGUGGAGCAAUGUGCUGCAGUGCGAUCAUCCAUCGAUAAGGACUUUACAUCAAUCUGUGAACGGCAGCCUAUUGGCAAAAUGUUUUUCCGUCAAUUCCUGGCAAACAAUACCGAGUUUAAGCUUGCUGCUGAUUUCUUGGACGAGCUUUACGACUGGGAUCUGGCUGAAGGUGCAGUAAAAGACAAGGCGCGGCAGAACAUCAUCAACAAGUUUUGCAAAGCUGACUCCAAGAACUUCUUGUCCUUUCUCACUGGGGAGGCCGCUGACAAAUGCAAGGCUGUGACAGAUGCCACCUUCGAUGAGGUGAUGAAAGGCAAAGUCCAAGAUGGUGUGAGGGAGUUUUUGAUGGGCACACCCUUCACAGAUUACCAGGCCAAUCCAUUCUUUGAUAAAUUUCUCCAGUGGAAGGAGUAUGAGAAGCAACCCAUCAGCGACAAGUACUUCUAUGAGUUCAGGACCCUGGGAAAAGGUGGUUUUGGAGAGGUAUGUGCCGUCCAGGUGAAAAACACAGGCCAGAUGUAUGCUUGCAAGAAGUUGUGUAAAAAACGACUGAAGAAGAAGGGUGGUGAGAAGAUGGCCCUUUUGGAGAAAAAGAUCUUGGAGAAGGUCAACAGUCUGUUUCUGGUCAACUUGGCCUACGCUUAUGACACCAAUACCCACCUGUGCCUUGUUAUGACCUUGAUGAAUGGAGGAGACCUCAAAUACCACAUCUACAACAUUGGCUAUGACGGCAAUGGCGUGGACAAGGGCAUCGAGAUGAAGCGCAUCGUCCACUACACAGCCCAAAUCACCACCGGUAUUCUUCACCUGCAUGCCAUGGAUAUCAUUUAUCGUGACAUGAAGCCUGAGAACGUGUUGCUGGACAGUGUCGGCCAGUGUCGACUUUCAGAUUUGGGUCUGGCCAUAGAGAUUGCCCCAGGAAAAACUGUCUCCCAGAUGGCUGGUACUGGAGCCUACAUGGCCCCGGAGCUUUUGAACAAAACUCCAUACAGGACAUCAGUGGACUGGUGGGCGCUGGGCUGCAGCAUCUACGAGAUGGUGGCCGGCUACACGCCUUUCAAAGGGCCUGAAAGUAAAAAGGAGAAGGUGGAGAAGGAGGAGGUACAACGUCGUAUUCUCAAUGAGGAACCCAAGUGGGAGCACAAGUUUUUCGAUGCCACCACCAAAGACAUCAUCCAGUUGUUACUCAAGAAGAAAAUGGACGAGCGUCUCGGCAUUAAGGACAACCUGGAGGACCCCAGGAAUCACCCGUGGUUCAAGAGCAUAAACUUCGCCCGUCUGGAGGCCGGUCUGGUGGCGCCCCCGUGGACACCCAAGCCCAACGUGGUCUACGCCAAGGACACGGGCGACAUCGCCGAGUUCUCCGAAAUCAAAGGCAUCGAGUUCGACGCCAAAGAUAACAAAUUCUUCAAGGAGUUCAGCACAGGCGCAGUGUCCAUCCAAUGGCAGCAGGAGAUGAUCGAAACGGGACUGUUCGACGAGCUAAGUGAUCCCAACAGGAAAGAGGGUGGAGGAGAUGUGGAUGAUGAAAAGAAGUCCGGUACUUGUAUAUUGCUGUGAGAGGACUCCUUGUUCAUUUUUCACAUCACAUGCACACUUUUACCCUUUUCAAAUCGGACACAUUUUUUUCAGGUAAAGAGCACGUUAGUAUGCAACGUCUCAUCUCAGGAUGUUGCUCUACUGGACGACAGAACGAGGGUCAAACUAAUACAUUGUUCCCCUGCUAUUCACGUUGGUCUAGUACCAAUACGAAACCAGGCAGCAUUCUGGACCAGUUGCCGCUGUUGGAUUGAUUUUUUUUUUUCUUUUUCUCCCCCAAGCUCUUCCCCUCACUUCAACAUAGUUCCUUGACACCAAGAUGCCACAAGAUGGCGCCAAAUAAUGUUAGACAUGGCUUUACCUGAGAACAAAAACAGCGACUAGGUGAGUCCUUCAGUUCAAAUUCACGAAUAUGCAGGAGUUUCACUGUACCUUUAAUCAUGUCACCUUGCAUGCACUUUGACCAGAAAUGUCAGCUGGGGGUCUUUACAUCUUUAGAACACUUCCACACAAGUAUGAAAUUAAUUCACGAAGUAAGAGGCAGGUUGAAUAGAAACGGAGCAGAGGUGGCAGACGUACUUACACUCUGUACUUAAGUAGAAGGACUGGUACAGGGUAGAAAUACUGAUUUACUCUUUAAGUAAAAGACUGCAAUGCAACAAAAGUAAAGAUGUAUUCUUAAUGUCAACUGUAUCCAAAAUUCAUUUUGAUAACAAGCGUUUUCAACUUACUAACAACAAUUUUUUUAAAUAGAUAACGAUAAUGGAAAAAAUACACCUGAUCUGCAAGUGUUUUUUCGGAUUAGACGGAGAAUUUUUGAAUGCCAGAAACUCUGAAUCUGUUGCAUCAUCGUCGCUGGUUUACGUUCCGCCUUAAGAAUCCCCAAGAUCUCAAAUCAAUCAAGAUCUGAACUGGGGUUAACUUUACUUCUCUUUUAGUUACGCCAUUUUUUUUACAUUGUGUCCUCAUCUGCGGAUGUUGAAAGAAGUAUUUUGACAAAAGAGCUGAAAGUACAGAUCCGUUUUCAAAUGUAGGCAAUAAAGAAAAGUCGCCAGAAAAAUAAAUACCCAAGUAAAGAGACCUGGAAAAUCUGCUUAAGUACAGUAGCUAAGUAUUUGUACUGUGUUACUUCCCACCACUAAAACUAGACAUUAUAAUGGCUGGAAAUGUGCUUUUGUAACUACUGUAGUUGGAAUCUGGUUCAAUCUUAAACCUCUGAUCUCUUUGUUGAACCUUUAAUUUAACUAUUAAAGUGGAAAAAAAGUGUAAAUGUUGUACAUAGAGUACAUCUGUAUAUCUGUUUACCCUGAGUGAGGAGCAAUGGUUUAGUACUUCUUAUGUUGGUGCUAUGAGAAAAAUCAACUAAUUAAUAGUUAUGUUAUGAAUGGCCUCUUAUUAACUGAGAAUUGGAAGGACGUGGGACAUUUGAGAGGAGCUGGGUGAUGAAUAUUUAUACUGGAAUGUUCUAUUCUGUGCAAAUAACUCAAACCAGAUGUUGAAGAGACAUCCACACAGGGCAUUGUUCAUGUUCUCAAGAGAAUUUAGCAAGCCACAUUAUGCACAGUUUGAACAGUAACACUAGGAAUAUAAGCAAAAAUACCUAAGAUACAAUACGAUUGCUCAAUAGAAUAAAAAUUAUAUUUACACGCAAAUGCCAGGAAAAAAUUCAUGAAAACUGUGGUGUUUCAGGACAGUAUGAAUGUUUCUAAGGGUAAUUAUUUUGCUGAAGGUUUUUGAUCUUCCCAGAUUUUGAUCUUAAGUUUUUACAGUUAAUGUUAUAAUGAAGACUAAAUGUACGUACUUGUAAAUAUACCACAAGAGAAGUUUUAACAUAGGAGAAUCACAUGUAAGGAUGACAUUUCAUUAAAUA